AUGGCUUUCUUGCCCAAGGCCACGAGCGGCAUUUAUGCGCCGACGUUGCGUUUUCACGAGGGCAUCUUCUACCUCAUGACGACCCUUGUGAACCAGCAGCUCCCCCGCGUCAACGACUCCCGCUGGGACAAUUUCCUCGUGACCACCACAGACCCUUACUCCUCGGACGCCUGGUCCGAUCCCGUCCACUUCAGCUUCCCCGGCUUCGAUCCAUCCCCCUUCUGGGAUGACGACGGCAAGACGUACGUGUCCGGCGCCCACACGGCAGCUUACUAUCCCGGCAUCAUGCAUGCGCCCCUGGACUUUGUAACGGGCGAAAUUGGCUCCAUCAUCAUGCCCUGGAACGGCACCGGCGGCGCCUCACCCGAAGCCCCCCACAUCUGGAAGCGCGACGGGUGGUAUUACCUUCUCCUUGCCGAGGGCGGCACGCGCGAGAACCACAUGGUCACGAUGGCACGCUCCCGGCAACUCGAGGGACCGUACGACCCCGCCCCGGGGAAUCCCCUCCUCACAGCCGCCAACGACACAAGCUCAUACUUCCAGGCCGUGGGCCACGCCGAUCUCUUCCAAGACGCCGAGGGGCAGUGGUGGGCGGCGGCGCUGGCGGUGCGUGCAGGCGGCUCCUACGGCGAGGCGCCGGGCCCUUAUUUCGGGAACCUGCCCAUGGGGCGCGAAACCGUUCUGACGCCCGUGACGUGGCAAGACGGGGAGUUUCCCGUCUUCACGCCCGUGACGGGAAACGUCUCGGGGUGGCCUCUGCCGCCGGAGAGCAUCCCGGCGCAGGGCGAGGGCCAGCUGAGCGAUGCCGACGACAACGUGACGUUUCCGCCGGGGAGCAGCCUGCCCCUUCACUUUGUUCACUGGCGGCUCCCCAAGACGAGAAACUAUGCCGUCUCGCCUGCGGGCCAUUGGAACACCCUCGCCCUGAGGUCCUCGGUCCUGAACCUGACGGCCUUUGACGCCGACUUUGCGCUCGGUCGCGGCCAGACUUUCGUCGGUCGAAGGAUGGCGCAUUCGCUUUUCACGUUUAGCAUUGACGUCGACUGGACUGCCUCCCUGACGAAGGAGGAGAUGGAGGUGGGCGUUUCGGCCAUGCAAGACCAGGCGCAGCACUUUGAUCUCGGCAUCGUCAUGCUCACGUCAAACGGGAGCCGUGACCUUCGGCCGCACCUGCGUUUUCGGGGCCACUCGGAGACGCCGUAUCGCGGACGCACUCAUGUGCCAACAGAGGUGUUUCCCAUCCCGCACGAGUGGGUCGGCAGCAAAGCGAGGCUGCAGAUCGAAGCCGUGAACAGUACGCACUAUGCAUUUUCGGGGGGUGUCGUCAGUGCUGGCGGGGAGAGCGAGCUGCGUGUAUUUGGACACUGUCGGGGGAGGGAUCUGGUGCCCUAUUACUCUGGCCUCGUGCUCGGUGUGUACGCCACAUCGAAUGGUAAACACGGAGAGCAGGCUUUUGAAACAUACGUCUCGAAUUGGCGUUAUCGAGGCCUACGACAAUUCAGAAGCGACGCGGACGCCGGCCCGCCGUGA